AAGCAGGUUUUUUUUUUUUUUUUUCCCCCCGAAGCAGAGCUGGUGGUUUCAAUCAAAGGGAAGGCGAAGAAGCUAUGCGGGGCGAUGUAAGAUGGCAGAGCUGCAAAUGUUGUUAGAGGAAGAAAUUCCAGCCGGCAAAAGAGCUCUUAUAGAGAGUUACCAGAAUCUCACGCGGGUAGCAGACUACUGUGAAAACAAUUAUGUUCAGGCCACAGACAAGAGAAAAGCUCUGGAGGAGACCAAAGCCUACACCACCCAGUCUCUGGCCAGCGUGGCCUACCAGAUCAAUGCCUUAGCCAACAACGUGCUGCAGCUGCUAGACAUCCAGGCCUCGCAGCUGCGCCGAAUGGAGUCCUCCAUUAACCACAUCUCUCAGACGGUGGACAUCCACAAGGAGAAGGUGGCCAGGCGAGAGAUCGGGAUCCUCACCACCAACAAGAACACGUCGAGGACCCACAAGAUCAUCGCCCCUGCCAACAUGGAGCGGCCGGUCCGUUACAUCAGGAAGCCCAUCGACUACAACAUGCUGGACGAUGUGGGCCACGGGGUCAAGUGGCUCAAAGCCAAGCACCAUGGAAAUAAUCAGCCAAUCAGAGGAGGAGGAGGAACACUAUCGAGGACCAAUCCGCCGACACAGAAGCCGCCUAGCCCGCCACCCGUGACAGGGCCGAUGUCAGGGCGUGGCACUCUAGGACGCAACACGCCCUAUAAAACUCUAGAGCCGGUGAAACCGCCCACAGUACCCAACGACUACAUGACCAGCCCUGCUCGUCUAGGCAGCCAGCACAGCCCUGGGCGCACUGCAUCUCUCAACCAGAGACAAAGAACCCACAGUGGUAGCAGUGGGGGUAGUGGCAGCAGGGAGAACAGCGGGAGCAGCAGUAUUGGCAUUCCCAUCGCCGUGCCUACGCCCUCCAUUCCCAACUCUGGACCAGUCCCCCCAAUGUCCGCUCUCCCACCCCCCCCUCCUCCACUUCCUGGUCAUCAGGCUCCUCCGCCGCCUCCUCUCCCGGGGCAGAGUACCCCAGGGGCUCCAGCAGUGAUAGCGGUGGCUCCCGGGCCUGGUCUAGGCCCCAUCCCCAUGUCCCAGUUCGGCACCAUCUCACGGCAGAUCUCACGGCACAACUCCACCACCUCCUCGGUCUCCAUGGUUUCGGCCACGGGCACCUACCGCCGGGCGCCGUCCGUCAGCUCCCAGUUCUCCCUGCAGCAGCAGCAGCAGGCCCUACAGCUACAACAGCAGCAGAUACAGCAGCCAUACAUUAAUGGGGGCACCCCCGCCUACCCCCACAACUCAAUGUCUAUCGCUCCCCCUCCUCCUCCCAUGCCCCAGCUGACUCCACAGAUACCUCUGACAGGCUUUGUGGCCAGGGUGCAGGAGAACAUUGCGGACACACCUACUCCGCCUCCGCCUCCUCCGCCGGAUGACCUGCCCAUGUUUGAUGAGGCUCCUCCCCCUCCUCCACCCCCGCCAGUUGACUACGAGGAUGAAGAGGAAGCAGCUGUGGUGCACUACAACGACCCUUAUGCUGACGUAGACCCCGAGUGGGCGCCCAAGAGUUACAUAGAGAAAGUGGUGGCCAUCUACGACUACGCAGCAGAUAAAGAAGAUGAGCUGAGCUUCGUGGAGGGAGCCAUCAUCUACAUCAUCAAGAAGAACGAUGACGGCUGGUUCGAGGGCCUAAGCAGCGGGGUCACGGGCCUGUUCCCCGGCAACUACGUAGAGUCCAUCAUGCACUAUGCCGAGUGAAGGCACCCCUACUCCAGUAUAUUGAUUAAGUCAUAUCUAGGUUACUACAGAUACCAAUAAAAACCGGAGUCUGACCAUACCAAUCUUAAGAGAAGUGAUUUUGGAUAUGACGGAACGCUUGUUCCCUUAUACUGAUUGCAAAUAAAUAAAACAAUUUACUUUAUUUAGGUGUUAUGGGUGGGUUGGGGGACAUUUUUAUAAAGUAUACAAAGAAUGAUUAGGAUAAGGCUGAUGACUUGCUCACAAGGGCUGUGGUGUAAAGAUGUUUUCAAAGACCACGGUAAAACUAGCUGAAGGACAUUUAAGUUUUAUUCUUCUUUGUUCUUCCUGUCUACAUAUGCGCAACAUAACAUCUGACCCCGACUAUUCAUUAGCGUUUGUCGACAUCUAUUGACCUAUACAUUAUUCAUGAGCUUAUCUUGAUUUCUUUGUGUAUCGAGUAUUAUGCUAUAUGGAGCAUAUGUAGGCAUUCUGGUGAUCUUGUGUGCACACCUUCAGUGGAAGUGUUACUACUGCUAAUUGUAUAUAAUGUGAGUGAGCUGCAGCCUGUUGGGUGUCUGUAGUGUAAAUGCUAAUCACAGUAUCUCAAGCAGGCUACAUGCCACACAUGCAAAUGUCCAACAGAAGAUUCUGUUUUGUAUAAUCAAGGUUCUCACAAUCACAAGGCGGAUCCAUUUUGGAUGUUGAAUUCAAACUUCAGUGGCUUUUUAUGAAUAACAAAACCUUUUACUUUUUAUUUCAGUCAUUCCUGAAAUUAAGUCUGGAUGUAAAGCAUGCUAAAUUAAAAAUGUAUAACCUCUACGUUUUAAUGCCAUUAUGCUUCCAUUUUGUUGUAAUAUUUCCAUUUUAUUAUUUUUUUAUUGAUUGAAUUAUCUAGAUAUAAAAGCCAUUUUCGGACUUGUUGACGUGAUGGUCUUAUUUUCUAAAUGCUCUAAUUUGUAUUUAAACAUUUAUUCAAUUUACAUGAUAAUGUUCCAUAUGGUAAUGUAUCUAAAGCAACUCGACUAUUUUAGUUCCAUAUCCAGCUUAAGGAAUACGUCACAGUAAUGUUUUACUAAUCUGAACAAAAUGAACUCUGUAGGCCUAAAUAUAAUGUAAACUACUAUAAAUGGAUUAAGAUAGAUUGUAUUUCAUACAGUGUACGUGGGCUCAGUUUUCAAAGUUUUCAAACUCUUUUUGUCGUGACGUUUUACUAUUCCGUAAAAAUGGAGGCCAAUAUGAACUCGGAUACCUCCUCAGUCUUCACGAAGUAAAAAUAGUUUUAGAUCUGUCAUUUUUAACCAGUAACGGUUUGGUUUCGUAACUCAGGUCUGGAUAUCUUGAUGCCAAAUUGUUUAUUUCCUUGUUCCAAAUUGACCCCACCCACUUUGUCCAUAUUCAUUUAUAGUUGUAAUUAUCCCUUAGGAAUGACAGACUAUCGAUUGCUUCAUGACAAUUCAGGUAGGUGUUUAUCAGUUGAAGGUUAAGCUGCAAAAUUGCAGACUUCACCAUUUUCUUCCUACAUGAUAAGUCUUUCCUGUCCGUACUCAAAACAUGAAAGUAACUGCGCUUGUCACUGUUUACCAUUUCAGGUUGUAGCAGCUAAUGCCUUGAUACUUUGUUUGCUAUGUUAUGUUCCAGCUCAAUGGGUAGAAAUAUCAAAGCUCUCCUCUCUGCUGUUAGUUUGUAUAUAUAUGUUCAUUGAAAAAUGAAUGUACAGUCUUUUCUAAUAAACCAUUGUCCUAUGUA